AUGUUCUCCGUGGCCCAGCCCGAGGCUCGCGAAGGCCCGGGGCGCAGGGCGCCCGACGCCGUGCUGCGGGAGGCCCUGCAGGGCAUCCUCAGGCUGGCGCCCAAGAAGCUCAAGGAGCUGCGCGACGAGAGCACAGCGGAUCUGGCCCGCCUGGACGGCGCCGCUCUGGAGGGCACGGUGGGCGGCGCGGACGCGUUCUUCAAGUCGCUGAGUCUCGGGUGUGAGGCAGCAGGGAGCCCGAAGGUGGUCGCCACCGCACUCGAAGCCACGCAAGAGCUUUUGGCGUCUGGCGCCCUCGCCGGCAUGGGCAGUGACCCCUUCAAGGAGGGAGGCGGCCGACGCCUCAUCGACUCUGUGAUCGAGAGCGUCUGCAACUGUGCCGACCAGGGCGACGAGUCCGUGCAGAUGCACAUGAUCCGUUCCCUCGAGAGCGCUGUCACCUCCCAGCACUGUGAGGUCCACAACGAGUCGCUCAUGCUUGCCGUCAGCACUUGCUUCAAGCUGAAUCGAGAUUCAAAGAUUUCCUCCAGCCAGCGGAGUGCGCACAAUUCGUUGACGCAGAUGCUCAACGUGGUCGUCCAGCGUAUGGAGCUCAGCUCGGGCGACAUGUCGAGGACGACCCCCGCGCCCUUUGACGAGACCGUGGUCAGCUCGCAGAGGAGUGCGCAGGAGGCCAAGAUGGCGGCCUCGGAGCUGGCCCUCCUCCCCCCGCGGCAGGUCCUCCACGACCUGAUGUCCACCUAUGUGACGAUGCUGGUCGACAAGGUGGUCCUCGACACCGCAGAGAAGACGGGGAGCCAGAGUGCCAUAGCCGAGGACUGCCCGGAGCUUGGCCCGCCGGGCAAGUUCGGCUGGUGCGUGGUGUGCCGGAGAAGUGCCGGCCACUAUUGCGUGAACACCCAGGACCCCGUUUGCGGCAAGGCCUGCAAGCAUUACAAUCUCGAGCGCCUCCGGCUGGUGCAGCAGCACUUCGGCUCGCACCGCGAGGACCUGGAGAUCGCAGAGCGGCUGGCCGAGGCGGAGGCCGCCUCGGAGGAGGGCGCCUGCCUUCAGGCGCUGGCCCGCGAGGGCGCCGCCUCCGACACGGACGCCUCCUUCGCGUCCGCGAGCUGCCUGCGGCAGGGCGCCGCCACGGCCGCCGCCGAGCCGGCCUCGGCCAAGGCGCUCGCGUCGCUGAACCCGCACCACAAGGAUGCCGUCCAGGUGUUCGAGUAUGCGGCUGCCUGCGCUGAGCAUGAAGGAUCUACCUCCGGGGCAGACUGA